AUGUCCUUUCCACUCUAUGAUUACACAAUUCUCCCUUGUGACUCCGAACGGGUCCGCCAGUGGGCUCCCAAAUUCAUCGAUUUUCGAUUGACCGCGCUCAAAUCAGCCCCGAGAAAUUCCACAUCAUCCCAUGAGCUCGAGGCCGCCAUCCCCGAGCAAGAAUGGGUAUUGAAUCUCAGUAAACCGACCUUUCGGGUGCUGCUUUCCACCCCUCACCUCGCAGGUGAUGCUGCCACGCCCCUCUGGGACCGUGAAUGGGCCGGGAUUCUAUGUAUGCACGGCCCCCUGUAUGAGCAUCCGGCCGCAGACAACUGUACCACGUCGACCUGGUAUCUGGGAUCGGGCUUCGUGGUACCGGAUCAUCGAGGAAGUCGUGUCAUGUUCGAUCUCUUUCAUUUUGGUGUGCAGCAAGCGCGGAUUCUUGACUUGAAGCAGCACAAUCAGCGAGGAUUCCAGACGGCUCAGUGUCGCACUCGUGUCCAAGUGAUGACAUCGCCCGGGCAGACGAGCCAAAGGUCAUCAACUACUAUCGAACUGGUGGCCUUGAGAUUACGGAACAUUUGA